AGACCAUGCUCUCUUGCAGUAAGCGACUGGUGGAGCAAUUUUCCUUCGGCUUCCACAACGUUGUGGAGGGGUUUUCGCAAUCGCCUGCGGCUCUUUGUGGUUCAUUUCCAGCUCGGGUUGUUUCCUCCGCGUGCUAGCCUUGCCUCUCAGCUCCAGGUUCUGGCGCUGGGAACAUUGAAGGAAGUUUGUUUCGAAUUGCGGUGUUGCAUGGAGAAGUAAGUGCGUGGCGAGUGGACUAUUAGCAGGAAGUUGAUGCUGGAGGAAGCUGCAUGGUAAGGUUCUUGCGGUAGCAGGCACAAUGCCUCUCUUUAUGAGCGAUUCCGAGCUUGAAAGAGAGCAGGGGAAUGUACACGCUGUCGUAUCGAAGGCUGACGCCUUCAUUCGGGAGCUCCAAGAGCAACUGGAGACCCAAAAAGCUCGUGCAGAUGCUGUAACAAUCAAUGCGGAGCAGACUUGUUCACUUAUCGAACAAAAGUUCCUUGCACUCUCGGCGCAAUUUUCGCAGCUGGAGAAUGAGAAGGAUCAGAGUUUUGCUACUUUGGAGCGACGAUCCACUGAGCUCGCCCAAGCUCAAGCACAAAUUCAUAAGUUGGAAAUUGAAGCUAUAAAGCAUAAUAGUACCACGGAACGCCUAUCAUGUGAAGUAGGGGAGCUUUCGAAAAUAAAACGGGAAUUGUUGGAAGUGAUUGAGCACAAGAGGUUAGAACUGGAGGAAAAAAAUUCAUCUAUCAAGACCUACCUCAACAAAGUAGUUGAGUUGACAAACGACCGCAGCAGCCUUGAAGGCAAGCUCCACGAGCUCGAGGCCGAAGUUAUUCGCUCUAGGGCUAGUUUGACAAGAAUCUCACAGGAUAAGGAGUUAGUGGAGCAACAUAAUGCUUGGCUGAAUGACGAAUUGACAGCAAAAGUUAGCGCUCUUUUGGAGGAGAGACAUGAAAGUGCGGAGACAGAGGCGGGUUUGAAGUUUAAAUUAUCUGAGGCUGAAAGGUCUGUAAAGGAUACAACUCAGACAUUGCAGCGAACGAAGGAGUACAAUCUUGAGUUGGAGUCUAAACUGAGUCAAGUUCGAGAGGAAUUGAAGUUUUUAAAGGAAGACUCUGCCGUGAAAGAGGAACAAUUUGCUGCUGAAGUUGCUACGGCUGCUAAGCUUUUGGAGCUUUACAAGCAAAGUUCUGAUGAUUGGUCUAAGAAGUCUCAUGAGCUUGAGGGUGUGAUUAAAGCGCUUGAGACGCACCUAAAUCAGAUAGAAGCAGACUACAAGGAAAAGCUCAAGACUGAACAAAAUGCUCGUGAAGAGGCAUCCAAAGAAGCUGCCGAGCUAAAAGAAAAGUUGGAGAAGAUCACUGCGGAGGCCGAUAAAGAUAUUCAAACCAAGUCUAGUGGAGAUUUCCUUGCUCUUGCUGAUAAGCCAUACACGGGUCCCAUAGAAGGACAGCUAGCGCUUGAGUUUCCAGGUGACGGUGCUCUAAUACCAGUCGUAGCAUCUGAGGUGUCAGGGACCGCUCUCGCUGCUGCACUCCUGCGCGAUGGUUGGAGUUUGGCAAAAUUGUAUAGCAAGUAUCAAGAAGCUGUGGACGCAUGGCGGCACGAGAGGCAAGAACGAAGACACUCCCAGUCACUCCUUGAGCGAGUUCUUCAUGAGAUAGAGCUGAGGGCGGAGGUCAUCAUGGAAGAACGAGUUGCUCACAAUGAGAUGGUGGAGGCUUAUCAUAAGAUGGAGGAGAAGCUUCAUCAGUACCUAGAAGAUCAAAAUUCUCUUGACAAAUCUUGCAAAGAACUGAAAGCUGAAUUGCGAAAGAAGGAGAGAGAGUUGAAUAUGCAGAGAAAAGAGAAAGAAGAUCUACAAACUCAGGUCGCAGUGCUACUCAAAGAGUGUUUAGACGUCCAACAGCGAUUUGGAGUUGGAGACGCAAAUGGAGAAACUGCUAUUGAAUAUGUGACUUCUAGGACUGAAAGCUCUGCUUCAGAUGCAGUGAUUUCUGAAAGACUCCUUUCAUUCAAGGACAUUCGAGGCAUGGUAGAGCACAACACACAAUUGCGGACACUUGUGCGAACACUUGGACAGCAGAAUGAACUGAAAGAGCAGGAGUUGAAGGAAGAAUUUCAGGUAGAGCUGAAGAGACGCCUUGAAGAUAUAGGCCGUAAAGUUGCCGACACUGUCAAAAGAAGUGAAGAGCAGGCAGAAAUUAUUGACAGGCUUCAAGGGACUGUUGGCAUGUACAGAAGGCUUUAUGAAGAUGAGAUGAAUACACGUCGUUUGUCCCAACAGAAUGCUGGGGUUCCACCAAUGGCUUCAGGAAACAAUGUUCAGGAUCUUCGGAAGCUUCUUGACAAUUCUCAGGAAGAGAUUAGUAAAAUACGCGAAGAAGCUACAACUCGAGUUAAACUAUUGGAGGAAGAGCUCACCAAAGUUAGGCAGGAAAUUACUAACAUGCGUGUGGAGAGUGCGAGAGCUGAUGCUGAGGCCUCCUUUGCUAGGGAUCAGCUAUCAUCACGGAUGCGUGAGACAGAGAACCAGAGGAAAGAGAUGGAGACAGUACUUGCAAGGAAUAUGGAGUUUUCGCAAACAAUUACCGACUAUCAGCGCCGACUACGGGAGAGUGCCCAAAAGUUGCAGGCGGCAGAAGAUCUUGCUCGUCGCCGUUCAAUCGAGUUUUCAGUUGCUGAAAGGGAGAAGGAACUGUUAGCAGCUGCAGAGAGAAGAUCUUCUGAGGAGGUGGCAAUGUUGUCCGAUCGUUUGCAUCGGGUCCAGGCUGCUCUGGAUACGAUGCAGAGUGUGGAAGAGACUCGUGAGAGCAUGAGAAUUGUCGAGAAGAAGAAGCUAGAAAGCGAGUUAAGCAACCUUCAGAAAGAAUGGGUCGAGGCAAGGAAAGAGCUGGAAAUUGAACGAGAACAUGGACGACGCUUAACUACUCAGCGUGAUAGAGCUGUAAGCGAGGCGUUGGAACGGGUUGAAGCUGUGAGCAAGGAGCUAGCAGUUGCCCUGAAGUCUGUUUCUGCAGCAGAGACGCGGGCGCAAGUUGCAGAGGCGCGCUGUGUUGAGCUGGAGUUGAGUUUGAAGAAGGCUGACGAUAAGAUUCUGCUGGCUUUGGGAGGGUCAAAGACUUUGGUUAGUGAUGAUGGCGUUGGUGUUGAUGUCGAUAAUGAGAUAAUGUUAAAUCUUCAGCAAACAAAAGAGGAAUUGGAGCGUUUGAAGGAAGAUUUGGCAGCUGCCAAGAUCCAUACUGACCAAUACAAAAAGAUUGCUCAUGCCAGCGAAGAGGCUUUGAAACAGAUGGAGGAAGCUUAUCUAAAUUACAAGGAUGAGUCUGAGCGGAGAAGAGAAUUGCUGGAAUCCGAAGUCAAAGAUCUACAAAAGCGGGUCAGUGAGUUGGAAGCGGAUAUUUCUGAGAAAGACAAAGCUGCAGACGUUGCCGCUGAGGAAAAAGAAAAAGCUCUCACGAGUGCAUUGAAAGAAAUAUCUUCCCUUAAGGAAUCUCUCGUCAGUAAAGAAGCCGUUGCAGUGGAAUCGGAGGAAAGGAUUUCAUCUUUGAAGCACGAGGUGGAGAAGCUACGUCAACAAUGGCGUGAUGCUCAGAAUAACUACCAGAGUCAGGUUCUUCUGCAAGCAGACACAAUAAGAGAGUUAACUGCGACUUCUGAGAAACUUUCAAAUUUGGAGUCAGUGGAGCAAACUUUGCGUGAGCGAGCAGAGAGUGCCGAAGCAGAAUUGGGAAGUUUGCACGUUCAUUGGGCAAUGGAAAAGUCCUCUUUAGAGGCAGCUAAACUUGAAGCUGAGAAGAAAGUCAAAGCUUUGGAUGAGCAGAAUCAAAUAUUGUUGGAUAGACUGGAAGGCAUGCACAUCGUGGCUGCAGAAAGUGAACGAAAAGCAUCAGUGUCUGUGACCGAAUCAGGAGAAACUUCGGAGUUUCAAGGAGGAUCCGACCUGCAGAACGUGAUCAGAUAUCUGCGCCGUUCGAAAGAGACGGCGGACACGGAGCUAACGUUAAUGAAGCAAGAACGGGUUCGGUUGCAGAAACAGCUGGAAGGAGCUUAUCGGGCUGCUGAGGAAGCACAAGCAAGCUUGCGUCGCGAACAUGAAAGUGCACGAGUCAGUUUGUAUACUGAUGAGGAAUUUCGAACUCUCCAAACCCAGGUCAGGGAGCUGAAUCUCCUACGAGAAAGUAAUGCGGAACUUCGAGAAGAAAAUAAGAAAUCCUUCGAAGAUUGUCGGGAAUGGCGCGAGAAGGCUAGAGUGGCACAGUCGGAAUUGGAGCCUUUGCGGAAGCGCCUGCGAGAAAAGGAAGUUGAUUUAGAAGCAAGUGCACGUACAUUGGAAAGUCAGAAAGCACAGACUCAGAGAUGGGAGAGGCGAGUGUCACAGUUGCUAGACAAGUACAAAGCUGUUGACUUAGAAGAGUAUCAACGAGUGAAGAACGAGCUUUCUGCGAUUCAGGAUCGAGAGAAAGAAACCAGGUCUUCACUUGAGAUUGCUAGGAAAGAAAUACAGGACUUAAAGUCUGUCGUAACAAAAUUCGAGGAGGAAAAGCAAGCGAAGAAUAACCAAAUCAGUGAUUUUGAAAAUCGUGUUGCGGAAUUGGACAGAAAACUGCAGGAUGCUUUGCAAAACGAGACAAACGUGAAAACUGAGCUUACACGUUUUAAAAGACACGCUGCUUUUCAGAAGAAAAAAAUUGACGACUUGAACAAGGAAAAAGAGGACAUUUCAAAUGAGACUGAGAACCUCAGAAAGCAAAUUGAAGAGCUCAGAACAACUGGUUCAGGAAGACGACCUGGUGGUGAUCAAUUUGCUGCAAAGCAAUAUGAGGCACGGAUAGAGCAGGUGCAGAAGGAUUUGAAGGACGCAAAUAACAGGUUUGAGCAGGCUGAAAGGGAGGCGGCUGCUCGACAAGAGCAAGUUCAGAGGGAGGUUGAAAACCAGUUGAAAGAGAGAGAUUCUCGCAUUCAGGUUCUGGAAAAAGCUCUUGAGAGAGAAAAAGAAGAAGCGAAGAGAGAGAAAGUCAGGAGAAUGAAGAAUGAUAGAGCUUAUCUUGAAUACAAUCAGAAAGCGCAACAGCAACUAGCUAGCGCAGGCCUGGCUGUGGAGCCUUCAACGAAGGCAGCAGAGCAUGAGGAGACCGGCGAAACAAAUCAAGGAACUUUACAACAGACGGCGCAGGAUGCAGCUCCAGAAACAUCGACAGCUGCUACCCCUGCCUCUAGCACUCCUGCGCUUUCUGUGCCAACGACAGCAGGAGCUGCAGAGCCAUCUGCACCCAUUGAAACCACUUCAGCAACUCCAGUUUCUGCAGAGCCAUCCACCAUUAUCACUGAGCCUGCCAGUGGGAUGCCGACUGCUCCCAUUGAACCACCUUCUGUAGUACCAGCUCCUCCAGCUCCACAUUCUGGACGUCCACUGAGGGCCGACGUUAAUCCCUUCGUUCCUGGAGUAUCGACUUCAGUCCCUCCAGUGCGGCCAUCCAUUAGAGCUACAUCGUCUGCUAGUGCAAAUGCUCCUGUGCGGCCUCCAGCAAGAUCGAUUCCUACAAUUCCUGCUGCUGCGCCAUCCAUUCCAACCUCAUUUGACAUCGCAAGAGAACGAGAGAUGGCUCUGCUUCGUGAAAAAAUAAAACAAGAAGAGAGCAAACGCAAGACUACUCGCCGUUUGAUUCGGCCUCGUAUCGAGCCAGCGCAUGGAGCGACUACCAGCAGUAUGGAAAUUGGAGAAGGUUCGCAGGAAGUUGUAAGUGAAAUGGUUGAUGCCGACAUUGAGAUUCCAGGUGAAGGGAAGGCACCCGUAAUAUCAGAGCUUCCUGACCGUGUAGCCUCCCCUCCCACUGGAGUUGGCGAAACCGUACCAAGUGCAGGUGCAGUUGAGACCCCGAUCGUGGUUGCUCCACCGGCAACUGCAGUAUCUGUUGCACGAAAGCGUGCAGCCCCUGCACAAGAAGCUACGCUUGAUGAUGAGGUCCCGUUGCAGGAUAGCAAAUCAGAGAAGGCCCCGCCACAGAAAAAAUCACGUCCAGCUGAGGAAACACAAACGGAGGAUCUGAACUCCUUAACUGGCGUACAAAGUAGUGCUCACCAUGUGGAGAAUGCUGAUAUUCCAUCAGAAGUUCGUCCACAGGGUACUACAAUAUCCGAGAUUUCUGAUUCCGUUGAUCAUCGUCCUCUUGCUGAUGCUGCCGAUGCUCCAGCUUUGAAAAAGCCAAGAAUUGUUCACGUGAAUGAUAUCACUGCACCUGUUCAGUCAUUGGAGAAAGGCACGUCCUCAUCAAGUCAGAAUAUAGGUUUGCUCCAAGAGAAGGCUGAUUUGGGUCAGAAGGAAUCGUCAAAUCUAGAGGAGCUGGGUGGAAAACCUGGAGGACAAUUACAGGAAGCAGGUACGGAGUCGCUGGAACUACCAGUUGUGUCAACAUUCAAGACUGAUGGUCAAUUUCCAGGUGAAUCCAUGAUGAUGGAUAGUCUCCCCGCUACAAGUCUUGACCCUUUCACAAACGUUGCAGAGCUGGUUGUGGAUUCGAUGACUGGAAGUGCUGUCGAUGAGGCCAUUGGUCAAUUUCAAAAACCAGGGCUUGAGGUUGACUUACCUGGGGGCACUGCAACAGAGACUAUUACAACAGUGACUACGAUCAUCGAAGAAGAAAUUGUUACCACAACGGAAACAGUUGAAAUGGGAACAGAACCUCAGAAUCCUGAUGACGCUGAAGAAGGUGAAAUAGUUCCAGAGGUUGUGGAAGAUGUCACCAAACCUGCAGAAGCAGUGCCAUCUGAUGCUAAUGCACACGACAGCAAAGACCGUGGUCCAGAAUCAAUUGCCAAGCCAGAAGUUGAAGACCCCAAGACAUCAACUACUUCCAUCACUGUUGAUGCAGAAAGUGUUCCCCAAGGAACAGAGGCAGCUGGUCCGAAUUCUCCAUUGGAAUCAGAGGUACCGAUUUCGUCAACCUCUACUCCGGAGGUAGCAAAGCCUGCAGAUACUGAGCCGUCUACUGAGAUGAGUGUUGAAGAGAGAUUGUCUGAGGCUGCUCGAACUGCUGAAGUUGCUAGUGGUCAUCGGACAAGACUGGCAACAGGAACUGUGCAAAGAUCUCCUGGGCGGGGUGGUACGACUAUUAAUUUGGCUGAUCGUGCCAAGGAGAGAGCCGCACUUCGCCAAGGAGUUGCAGCUCCAACGUCCCCAGGUGGUCGUCGCGGUGGACGUGGUGGAAGAAAGAGAGGUGUAGGAGCAGGGCGUGGCAGGCUAGGCGGUGCAGGUAGAGGUGAAGGCAGUGGUACAUUACCGCAAGGAGGAGCUUCAGGAACAAAUCCAGGCGAUCAACCACAACAAUCUACCAAUCCUUCAGUUCCACACGAUUUUACAAACACUAAGGACAGUCAAAGUUGAAGGCAGAGCCAAACAAGGCAGUGAAGGUUGUAGCUUUAGCUCAUGUGGAAGCAAAAAUGCCAUCGAUGGCUACAAAUUCUGAGUACGAUUUACUGAAAUUUUAUUUGACCUGCUCUAAUUAUUUUUCUUGUCGAGAAAUUCGGGGUACAAAGAUGUUCAGACAGUAUUGGUUAAGUAAUAUGUGCAUAACUUGUUUUUGGAUUACUGUCGAGUUUAUAGGGUCUACAGGCUUUCGGAGGGGUAAACCAGGCCUUAUGUUCUCGCUGAUUAUAGUAGACACUUUAGUGUUCAACUCUCAUGGUUCUCGAGGGUGCAUUUUGGAAGCUUUUCAUGAAGUUUCAAGUCUGUAGGUGAGGCUUGUCCCGUCUGUUUGAGGACGCGCAUUGGCUGAGUGUUACCAAUUUUAUCGAUGUUGAUUUGUCGCGGUUUCUGCACUUGCAAGGAACGUUUCAUCCGAUGCAACUUCUUUUGUUGCAUUUCGUCUGGUGUUA